AUGUGGACAGCUCUGGCGAAAUACUUGUUAAGGACCAAAGGCCAUCAAGACUAUUUUCAUACUCUGCUACAAGCACAGAAGAGCAGAAGCAUUCAUCAAAAGCAUUUCUCUCUGAGCAGGAGGCCUUGGCAACAUUCAACUGGGACAGCACAGGCAGUUCAGCCCUUCAACCCAAGUGCACCCAUCCAGAAAGUGGAAACUCUGAAUAUGAAUCAGUUGGUCUGUGUUCACUGGGAAGACGGGAGUCAGAGCCUUUAUCCUUCUGUGUGGUUACGAGACAAUUGCCAGUGCCCUGACUGUUUUUUGCACUCUGCCAAGGCACGCAAAUUGCCGCUUGAAAAUCUGGAUGUCAAUAUUGUGGCCAAGAAUGUCACUGUGACCGAACAAAAAAAGGUGUACAUUAUAUGGCCAGACAACCACAACAGUGAAUUUGAGCCUGAAUGGUUGAAGAAGAGAUGUUUUUCUGAGCAAGCAAGAACAAAAAUACAAGAUGAAUUAUUUCUGUCAGAACAUCAGUAUUGGGGUUCUGAUCUACAACUCCCAACUAUGACUUUUGAAGAGGUUUUAUACUGUGAUGAAAGUGCAUACAAGUGGUUGGUCACCCUUAAAAAGGUGGGAAUUGUGCUGCUUACAGGAGCUGCUAGUAGCCAGGGAGAGCUGCUUAAACUUGGACAACGGAUUGGUUUCCUUCGCCUCACAUUUUAUGGUCAUACAUGGCAAGUACAAGACAAAAUGGAUGCUAACAAUGUGGCUUACACAACUGAAAAGCUCAGUUUUCACACUGAUUAUCCUGUUCUACAACAUCCACCUGGGAUUCAGUUCCUGCACUGUAUCAAGCAAACGCCCACUGGAGGGGAGAGUGAAGUUGUAGAUGGAUUUCAUGUAGCAAACAAGUUGAAGGAGCGGAAUCCUCAAGCGUUCCAAAUCUUGACCUCCACUCUUGUCGAUUUCACAGACACUGGGGCAGAUUACUGUGAUUUCUCCAUGCAGUGCAAGCAAAGAAUACUUGACAUAGAUGAUAGGGGCCAGGUAGUUCGUAUCAAUUUUAACAACGCAACCAGAGACACAAUAUUGGACAUACCUGCUGAAAAAGUUAAGCCAUUUUAUGCUGCUCUCAAGGACUUUGUUAAUCUGCUAAAUAGUGCGGAGAAUAAGUACACCUACAAAAUGAAACCAGGUGAAAUAGUGGUAUUUGACAACUGGCGUUUACUUCACGGCCGACAGAGUUACCAGGCAGGAACAGAAAUAUCCCGGCACCUUGAAGGAGCCUAUGCAGACUGGGAUGUGGUAAUGUCAAGACUACGGAUCCUGCAGAAGAGUGUCCUGAAUAGGAUGUAAUCUUUGAAGGCUGGACUACUAGGGAAUCAUGCCUCUGUGCAAGUGUG